AAAAAGUAAAGGGUUAAAAGUGACCUUACAUAACAUACCAUGUUAAAUAAAUGUGCAUUAAAGACUGAUUUAAACCUUUGUUUAAAUCUAUUAUACUAAUCUGUAAAUACAAAUUUCCAUUUGUAAUAUAUUUUCUAUAAUAAAAAUAUUCUCGUUACCAAGGUAAUGAAUAAACAACGAUUACAAUCGAUUUAAUAAACCGCCUUCCAACUUUCACCUUUCAUCCCCUUCCGAAAGCGAGUUCAGUGAAGAAAAUUCAUCACUCUGGACCAUGGCUGAUUUAGCAAAGAGUUUAUUAACCCAAUAUUACGGUCUUGGUACAGGAUCAAACGGCAAAAGAUUUUUAUCUAUUCAUCAAAGUGUUGAAAAUAUAAAACGCGAUGAAGAAAAACAGGUUACCGAGCAAACCUCUUCAACGAUCGAGGAAAAGUCUUCUGACGAAGAAUCUCAGAACGACAAUAAUGAAUGUCGAAAACUCAGCGUUGCAAAUAAUUCGUAUCCUCGUUCAUCCGAAGUUUAUGAUGACAUAGAGAACGCAUAUGAUUUCGAUGAAAAUCUCGAUGAUUUUGGAUCAAAUAUGGACGAUUUUGCUGAAAAUACGCAGUCUUCUAUUACAAAUGAUCAAUCAUCAAACGCUAUUAAAGAAACAGUUGAAGAUUCAGAAGUGAAUGAUUCAAAAAAUACAAAUGAAAAUGAUAUGAGUCUAACAUUUAUCGAGGACGCUUUUCCGGACAGUGGUUCAGAUACUUCCACUACACUAAACAAAUCGGAGAAAUCUUCGCUAACUGAUACAAAUCUGCCAGUACCUAAGAAAGAGCCAAUAUGUAAUCAAACAUUUGUAGAUUUCUCUGACACUGAAUUAACACAAUUUCCAAGUGAAAUAUUAAUAAAAUUUCCAUACAUAAGGAUGUUAUACGUGGCAGAUAACAAUUUGACCGAACUGCCAGCUGAUAUUUUUACCUCCUUGAGAUAUCUUGAAUGGUUGGACGCGAGGAACAAUAGGCUUACCUCUCUACCGGCUACCAUUAAAUUCCAUACGUGCUUAGAAACUCUCCUGCUUCAGAGAAACAAAAUUGAAAAUUUACCGUUAGAACUUUGCACUUUGCCAAAACUGAAAACCCUUCAGGUGGCACAGAAUCCACUUAUCACGCCCCCGCAAGAUAUCGUGGCUUCAGGUUAUUCGGCUAUUCUUGAAUUUUUGCGGAUCGAAUGGAACAAUGCCCACCCUGAAGAGCGAGUUGAGUUCAAGGAAAACAAAAUUGAGCCGAAACUGUCGACGAUUCUUUGCUAUCAGUCUCCUCGAAGAAAUAAAAAGAAAAUUGUGCCACUAAAAAGUGCAGUACGUAACAGAGAUCCCUCUACCAUAGAGAAACGCAAAUCUUACAAGCCUAGUAGCAGGUGUGAAAAUAAAGGCGCAAAUAUUUCAAUGGAAUAUCGUUCGCUUUUGUUUUCCAAAAUAAAAGAAUGGUUUGAUAAACAAACGUUAAUACUACAAAAAGUAAAGGAUGAAAAUGUUUUAAAAAAAUGGAGGAGAGAUAAGAGAAGUUUUAGUAUUUCCAUGGAAAAGGCGAUGAAAAGAAGUGAAGAUGAUAUUCCGUUUGGAUUUGAUCUGGAAGAUUAUGCACCCAUAUUUAGGCAUAAUUUAAAAUCGAAUAAUCAAAGGGGAUCAAAGAUAAAAAGGAAACAAAAAUUCGUUCCACCAACGGAUAUUAACAAGAAAAUUAACGAAUUGUUGAAAUCUUUAAACGAACUUGAAGUUAAAGAUGCACAUAUAACCUCGCCAAGAACUAAACAAAAUUUGUUUAAAAAUGAAAUAGAAAAGAUACUACAAUUCCAAAAUGAAAUCCAGAACUUGAGAAAAUAUAAUGACGUCGCAACAGUGCCACUGAAAAAAUUAAAUAAAUUGCAAUGAUAUGAAUAUCACCCUUCAUUACAAUUAUUUUAAUUACACCAGAAAUAUCAGUCUUGGCAUAUUUAUUUAAAUAAAUCAGUAGUAAUCACAUAUCGCUUCGUAGUGUUAAUUACACAUACAUUACUUACAAAUGCACAACGAGAGAACUGGAAAUAUUAUUGUACGUUUGUUAUCACCUUCAAAAGAUUAGAAAGAAUAAUCAUAUAUAUUUUAAAAAUCAAUGCAUGUAAAUUUGUAUCAAUAUACUUUGUGUGAACAAAGAAACAAAAUACAUGGUCUUAAUAAGCCUGUAACGUGACUUUAUAAAAAAAAGAAGGAACCAGUAAUUAAAAGAAAAAAAUGUUUAUUUUCCAGCCUUCUCAUCAAACGCACCUUCGUCGCAUCAAUUCAAUCGUCGUAAAAAUCAACAGCGAGUAUAAAAAUUCUAUAAAGUGGAGAUCCGAAUUAAAAUAGAUCUCAGUUACAGAUAGAGGCGAUUCUUACGACGAUCGAAUCUUCCUUUUGUACAUGACAAUUGCAUCGAAUCCUAGCACGACACUCUGACCCUUAAUUAGGAUCAAAAAUCACACCUCAGUCUGUGAUACAACUGUUUCGUGGUAGUACUAAUCAAUAGCAAUUAUAAGGCAGAUAUCUAAGAUUUUUAUAUUUAUUUUCUUUCCUUUCGUAUAUGCGUGUAUGUUCAUGUGUAUAUUCUUAUCGUUAUUUACUUUCUAUUUCAGCUCUGUACAUUUGAUACACUGUCGUACAAAAGACGGUACGAACAACUAACGAUAGCAAUUGUUUACUAUAUGUUACUGUUUCUUAUACAUAUUUUUCCCUUACAAAGAUUUUGCAUAUUUUGCGUUUCGAUUAUUGACGAUGAAGCAAACUAAAAUAAACAAUCGUAUAAAACGUAACUGUAUCAUUUAACGUUUGUUAUCGCGACGGAACAGAAAUGUUCGUUUCUGUUGGAUAGUACAUACAUAAGUGUGUUAACGAAAUUAAAAAAUAUUAUCUAAACAAUUGUAGGCGUAUCACAUUUCACUGCAUUACAUACACGCGUAGAGUCGAUUCAACAUCAUUAAUAAUACCGAUAUUUGUGUUAUUAAGAACAAUAUUAGUCGAGGACGAUACAUUAAACAUAAAAAAGGCCUUACAAUAGGCAUAUUAAAUAUCAGUUAUAUUCAUGUUCGAAGUGAAAAUUUUGCUACUGGGCAGUAAAGUACCUAUGGAAUAGGUAUGGUUUUCAUAAAAACGUGGAUUUGAGAUUAAAACUAGACCUUGUUAGUCGCUUUUCUUUUCGUAUAGUAUUUUUCACGAGAGAAUAGUACCAUUUCGCGCAGCUCGACUAAAUAGAAAAUUCCCCCACCGUAAUUUACUUCCCAUUGCUUCCGCCAUAUACACGGUGGACAAAAUAUACUAAUGUAGGAACGGCUUAUACAUAGGACAGAGGUAGUGAAUCAUAAUUCACAAGGUUAUGAUCACCGGAUAUACUUUCUGCCCAGCGUGGCUUACAGCCGUACGGCGCUUGCGCGUUACCUUGGUAACGGAGCGUAGCAGAACCAAUCAGAGCCAACAUGCGCAAACAAAACCAAAAUUCGUUCAUCCGAUGGUACUAUUCUCUCGUGAAAAAUACUAUUGCUUGAGAAAACAUUUCGAACGAACGGAAUUCCUCUUGUAUCUUCCGUUGUUCACAUGUGUUCGAUAAGAAAAUAUUAUUCAGUGGUUUAAAAAGCUUCAAUAAUUCAUUAAUUGAACACACAUACUGGUAUUUUUUCCUCGUACAUCAUACAUGUUAUAUAUAUACAUUUUCGUUUUAAGAAAACUUUCUAGUUAAGAUACAAGCAUACCGGAUAUACUAAAAUCCCAUAGCGUUGUACACACAAACAUAAAUAUUCAUAAAAUUAACAGAUUCUUCCUUUUCCUCUGUUUCGUUUACUGUUUACCUCUGUUAAUCCUUACUAUUGCACAUUGUACAUUUUCUUUCACAUUCUCUCCGCUUAAUGAUGCAGAUAUCACUGUAACUUAACUCGUACCGUAUAUACACUGUAUGCACGCAUAUAUCGUUAAACACAUUUGGGUGAUACUGCAGUGGGUGAUCAAAUUAUUAGAGCUA